AAUUAUAUCUUUAUAAAUUACGGAUACAUUAUUUGGGGUUAUUGUUUCAGUUGUCAGUUUGAUUGUGUAAUAGUUUGAAUAAUUUUGCACUCUUCCUGGUUUUAGUUCGCACCAUGUUUUCAUGAGUUAAGAGGUUCUUUUUCUCUCUGCAGAAACUCGCUGUCUGAAGAAUUCGACAGCAACAAAGGCGAUACAGUGAAAACACCGAGUGGUUUGUGUAUGGUUGCUCUGCGUGUACCAAGUUGAUUCCUGUAACUUCUAGGUUGGAACAGCUGAUGGUGUUUUUUUAUUUUCAGGACGAUAUCGGAUUUCAGCCUACAGUGUUAAUUAUGUUACAGCCAUAGUUCGCUCAUCGAUACCAGGACGUUUGGAGGCGGUGCAGCGAUAGUAGACUACUACUGUAACAUUUGUAAUUUAACGUUUCCUAUCACCUCUCAACUUCGUCUUGUCUUGUUCGUCGUGUCAAACAAUAGAGAUAUUUGUGAAGUAGCCUAAUGCCGAAUCGAGUCUCGGGGAGAACUCAAAGCUUCCUUUUCUCUUCAACCACGGAUACGGACGAGUAUCAUCAACCCAACAACAUGAGAAGUCGAAGCAACUCGGGAGUGAAACUGGACAACUAUGCCCGGAUAGUGCAUCAAACCAUACUCCGACAUCAAGACCCAGUCACAGGUCUCCUCCCAGCCAGUGGAGAUCAGCCUGAUGCCUGGGUGAGAGACAACGUGUACAGCAUCCUGUCUGUCUGGGCUCUCAGUCUGGCCUACAGGAAGAAUGCAGACAGAGAUGAAGACAAGGCAAAGGCCUACGAACUGGAACAGAGUGUGGUGAAACUAAUGAGAGGUGUUCUACAGUGCAUUAUGAGACAGCUGGACAAGGUGGAGAAGUUUAAGUACACUAAGAGCACCAUGGACUGCCUCCAUGCUAAGUACAACACCAGGACCUGUGCUACCGUGGUGGGGGACGAUCAGUGGGGACACCUCCAAGUGGACGCUACCUCUCUGUUCCUGCUGUUCCUUGCUCAGAUGACUGCCUCAGGACUCCAUAUCGUCUACACUCAGGAUGAGGUGGAUGUGGUACAGAAUCUCAUGUUCUACAUCGAGGCAGCUUACAAAGUGGCUGACUACGGGAUGUGGGAGCGAGGAGACAAGACGAACCAGGGGAUCCCUGAGCUCAACGCUAGCUCCAUCGGCAUGGCUAAAGCAGCCCUGGAGGCCCUGGAUGAACUGAACCUGUUUGGAGCCGGAGGAGGACCAGGGUCUGUGGUGCACGCUCUGGCUGACGAUAUACAGCACUGUCAGUCCAUCCUCAACUCCAUGCUUCCCAGGGCAUCUAUGUCUAAAGAGGUGGAUGCAGGUGUUCUGUCCAUCAUCUCGUACCCGGCCUUCGCUGUAGAGGACAUCUCUAUAGUCAACAUCACCAAAGAGAAGAUCAUAUCCAAACUACAGGGUCGAUAUGGAUGCUGUAGGUUUCUCAGGGAUGGACACAAAACGCCUAAAGAGGACCCUAACCGUCUAUACUAUGAGUCUGCUGAGCUGAAGCUCUUUGAGAACAUAGAGUGUGAAUGGCCCCUGUUCUGGACCUACCUCAUACUGGAUGGCGUCUUCACCAACAGCCCAGAACAGGUCCAAGAGUACAAGGAAGCUCUGGAGGGGAUUCUGAUCAAACAGAAAGACGGGAUCUGUCUACUUCCAGAGCUCUACAGUGUUCCACCUGAUAGGGUGGAUGAGGAGUAUGUAAACCCCCACUCUGUGGAGAGGGUCCCUCUGGGGAAGCUCCCUCUAAAGUGGGGUCAGUCCCUUUACGUUCUGGGAAGUCUACUGGCAGAGGGUUUCCUGGCCCCUGGAGAGAUAGAUCCUCUCAACCGACGUUUCUCCACCAUCCCCAAGCCAGACGUGGUGGUGCAGGUGUCUAUCCUGGCAGAGAACGAGGAGAUCCAGGAGUUGUUGAUGAAGAAUGGGAUAGAGGUGGAGACGAUAGCUGACAUACACCCCAUCCACGUCCAACCUGCUAGAGUCCUCAGCCACAUUUACGCACGACUGGGACGUAACCAGAGGCUGGGGCUGACUGGUAGACCCUACAGGAGGAUUGGAUGUCUAGGAACUUCUAAAUUCUAUGUCAUCCGCAACACCAUAUUUGCCUUCACGCCACAGUUCAUAGAUCACCAGCAGUUCUACUUGGCGUUGGACAACCAGAUGAUUGUUGAUAUGCUCCGUACUGACCUGUCCUACCUCUCCUCUCGAUGGAGGAUGACUGGAAGACCCACUGUCACCUUUCCUAUCUCUCAGACCAUGCUCACUGAAGACCACUCUGACUUGGACCCUGCGGUUCUGGCCACUCUGAAGAAGCUACAGGAUGGAUACUAUGGAGGAGCAAGGAUCCAGACGGGGAAGCUCUCUGAGUUCCUGACCACUUCCUGUUUUGCCAAACUCAGCUUCCUGGAUGCCAGUAAGCAUGCGGGUGGCAUGGGCCAGCAACAAGAUGAUGAUGAUGAUGAUGACUAUGGAUGCUUUGCUGAGCAUGGCUUGACCUUCCAUGGUGACGCUGAUGAUCUAGCCCAGUACCUGGACCAGUUGUUGACCACAGCGAACCCCAGCAGAGGGUCAAAGGUCAGAGGUGACUCUGGAGGGCUGGACAGGUUCAAAGCAGCAGCCACGAAGACCAAGGAAAUGGUGUCUCUGAUGCACAAGGCUAAGGAACUCCACCUACACAAUGCCCACUUAUAUCUCCCCAACAAGCUCUUCCGUUCCCCUCAGCCCUCCCUCCACCUCACCCUCACCGAUUCCUCUGCGCCUCACACCAGUCAGUUUCCUCAGGUAGUAGUGACCACAGAGUGUAACCUGCCCAGAGAUGCCAGUGGUGAUAUAGACUACACUAGUCUGGUCCAGCUCCUCAGAGACACCCACAGUCUACCAGACCAGGCGGACAUACUGUACAUCCUCUUCAAAGACAAGGGUAUGGAGUGGGACACCAGGCUACAUGGUAAAGGCUCUACAGUCCGCUCCCUGCUGACAGACCUGUAUGUGAAGGCAGGAGAUCUCAAACACUGGGGACUCAUACGCAUGAUCUCUGGAAUACUGAGGAAGAAAGUAGAGGAACUCGACUGGGCUUGCUCUGAUUUGUUGGCCCACCAGAAGCACCUGACUGUGGGUCUGCCUCCAGAACCUCGGGAGAAGACCAUCACAGCACCCAUCCCUCCAGACAAGCUGGCCAUGCUGAUAGAUGAAGCUAGUGAGAACAACAUCACUAUAGCCAUCCUCACACAGGAGAUCAUGGUGUACCUGGCGAUGAACAUGCGUACCCAACCCAGCCUGUUCAGUGAGAUGUACAGGCUGCGUAUCGGACUCAUCAUCCAGGUGAUGGCCACUGAGCUGGCACAGUCUCUCAACUGCUCAGGAGAGGAGGCUACAGAGAGUCUGAUGAGUCUGAGUCCGUCAGAAUUAAAGAUCCUGCUUCAUCACAUCCUCAGUGGGAAAGAGUUUGGAGUGCAGAAGAGUGUGCGUUCUGUAGACGCGGGUGCCAGUCCGGCCAUCUCUAUCCACGAGGUGGGUAAUGUGGGCGCCACCAAGAGCGAGAGGGCGGGCAUCAGCAAGAUGAAGAGUGACAUGAGGAUGUUGGAGGAGCUCAGGUUGUCAUGGUCGCAGCAAAGACAGAGCCUUACAUCGCACUCAUUGGACAUGGAACAUAUUGAAUCUGGGAGGUACAGGCUCCCCUCCAUAGAGUCUCUGGACGUUCCUGUGAGCAUGCCCGUCACCAAGGAUACGAGGCACGGCCAAUGGCUGCGUAGGAGACGUCUAGACGGAGCACUCAACAGAGUCCCCAUAGGCUUCUAUCAGAAGGUCUGGAAGAUUCUGCAGAAGUGUCAUGGUCUGUCCAUAGAAGGAUUCGUUCUACCAUCUUCAACGACAAGGGAGAUGACUUUAGAUGAGAUCAAGUUUGCGGUGCACGUGGAGACGGUGCUGAACCGGGUGCCCCAGCCAGAGUACCGCCAGUUACUGGUGGAGGCCAUCUUAGUUCUCACCAUGCUGGCAGACGUGGAUAUAGACAGCGUGGGCAGCAUCAUCCAUGUGGAGAAGAUCGUCCACAUCGCCAACGACAUGUUUUACCACGACCAGAAGGACUUGGGAGCAGAGGAGCAGAUCUUAGAGAGAGACCCCUCCACAGGAGUGUGUCGCUUGCUGUAUGACAGCGCCCCUAGUGGACGAUUUGGCAGUAUGACAUACCUCACCAGGGCUGUGGCUGUAUAUGUACAGGACUUCCUGCCCUGUGGCUCCUGUGCCCUGCAGUAGACACACACGUGCUGGCUGUGUCAGAACACCUGUGCCUGCCUUCUAUAGGGGAGUGUGUUUUAAAUGCCAGGAUGUCAUAUUAAUUUGGCCUUUCGUCUAGUGGAAUUCGCUAUAUACGCUAUUGAGGUUAGCGAAUCGUCUUUUCACACCCACUUGUGUUUGACAACAGCCGAUAAUCAGAAUAGGGGACGGCGCUCUACAAAAAUGAGCGAAUGGUAGAAACUAGCCCGAUUGCGCAUUAGAUAAGUAGUAUGUUGAUAUUUGUUGUUGCUUACUGCAUACAUCUUUACUAACCAGUACGUCCUAAACAGUAUGUAGUACUGUUAGUACACAAUUUGUAGUUUUAGUAAGUACACUUUCUAAGUAUGACUUAACUAGUCAUUUAGUAAGCAUGACAGAUUUCAGACACACCAACAAGUACACCCUUAAACACAAAUAAAGGUCAAAUAAAAACACAAGUGUGAUCUGACUGUUAGACUUAAAAAGCAGGGUAGCCUAGUGGUUAGAGUGUUGGACUAGUAACCGAAAGGUUGCAAGUUCAAACCCCCGAGCUGACAAGGUACAAAUCUGUCGUUCUGCCCCUGAACAGGCAGUUAACCCACUGUUCCUAGGCCGUCAUUGAAAAUAAGAAUUUGUUUUUAACUGACUUGCCUAGUAAAAUAAAGGUAAAAUUAAAAUUCA